GCGGCAAACCGGGGUGACGGCGGCCAUUUUGUGUCUGGAAGCCGGAGAAGAAAGGCUGGUUUGCUUCUUAACCAGCGCCAAGCAGUUCCUGGCGCGACUCGGCUCUCAGAGGCUCCAGAAAACCAAUCCUGUCGGCCGUCUAGAUAGGAAAAUUAAAUCCGGGAGUUGUUUUUAUAGCCACAAGGCAGCAGUAAAGUUCAGAGUAGGCGCGGUUGGCCUCUCAGCGCUAUCUUUCACAUAAGUCGAGCACAGGGGUCCCUUUUCCUGCUUGGAAGAAUGCGAGGCUUCGGUGACCGAGGCCGCGAUCGCGACCGCGGCGGGUUUGGUAGCCCUCUGCCUCCUAAAAAAUUUGGAAAUCCAGGAGAGCGUUUGCGUAAGAAGAAGUGGGACUUGAAUGAAUUACCCAAAUUUGAGAAAAACUUUUAUGUUGAACAUCCGGAAGUAGCAAGACUCAGUCCUUAUGAAGUUGAGGAGUUGAGAAGAAAGAAAGAGAUUACUAUAAGAGGGUCAGAUGGUUGCCCCAAGCCAGUAUUUGCCUUUCAUCAGUGUAACUUUCCACAAUAUGUAAUGGAUGUCUUGAUCGACCAGCAUUUUACUGAACCAACUCCAAUUCAGUGUCAGGGCUUUCCCUUGGCCCUUAGUGGGCGUGAUAUGGUGGGCAUUGCACAGACGGGCUCUGGGAAAACAUUGGCAUAUUUGCUACCUGCAAUUGUUCAUAUAAACCACCAACCAUACUUGGAAAGGGGAGAUGGUCCAAUUUGUUUAGUUUUAGCUCCUACCCGAGAACUGGCCCAACAAGUCCAACAAGUAGCUGAUGAUUAUGGUAAAUGUUCAAGACUGAAGAGUACCUGUAUAUAUGGAGGAGCACCCAAAGGCCCCCAGAUUAGAGACUUAGAAAGAGGUGUUGAAAUUUGUAUUGCUACACCUGGCCGUCUGAUUGAUUUCCUGGAAGCAGGGAAAACUAAUCUUCGCCGCUGUACAUAUCUUGUAUUGGAUGAAGCUGAUAGAAUGCUGGAUAUGGGUUUUGAACCUCAGAUUCGUAAAAUUGUUGAUCAAAUACGGCCUGACAGACAAACACUCAUGUGGAGUGCCACUUGGCCAAAGGAGGUGCGCCAGCUGGCUGAGGACUUCCUGCAUGAUUAUGUCCAGAUCAAUGUGGGGAACUUAGAGCUGAGCGCCAAUCAUAAUAUCCUGCAGAUAGUGGAUGUGUGCAUGGAGAACGAGAAGGAUCAUAAGUAUGGAUGUUGUUAUGUUACCUUCAGAUUUUAUCUUGUUUCCAAAUAUUCAGUGGAAAUUACUAAACUCAGGUCUGUCUGUAUAUAUAUAUAUAUAUAUAUAUUACCAGGUGGUCGUUCUCGUUACCGCACAAGUAAUUCAUCCAACAAUCCUAAUUUGAUGUACCAGGAGGAGUGUGAGCGAAGGCUCCGGGGAGUUAAGGACGGCCGAAGAGACUCAAGUACUUUCCGAGACCGUGAGCGCACUGACAGUUUUGCCAAUGGAGCCAACAAAGCCUAUGGUGGUGCUUAUGGAAAUGCAACUUCUGCAUUUGGGGCACAGCAAAGCCAAUAUGGUUAUGCCCAGGGAGCCUAUGGAACUGCAGCUUAUGGAGCAAGUGGUUAUGGGGCAGAAUAUGGUGCUGCUGGGUAUGGGGCAGCCAGCACUGCUAAUGCUGGGAGAAACUCACAAAGCACCAGCCAACAGCAAUAUGCAGGGAUGGGCCGUUCAGGCCAGCAGCCGCAGCCACUCAUGUCGCAACAGUUUCCUCAGCCUCCUGGCACCAGUGUGAUGGGCUAUAUGGGGCAGACUGCCAGCUAUCAGUAUCCUCCACCGCCACCACCCCCUCCUCCUUCACGCAAAUGAAGCCACUUCAUUUAGUGGCUGUCAGUCAAGAUUGCAACCCUUUCUCACUUUUUCUGUCUCUUCCCCUUCUCAACUCCAUCUCCAUUGUGAUGUUUUUCUUAAUGCAGGUUAGCUUUAGAGUUUACCGUCCAAAUUCUGCCCACAAAAAUGGUACAUAAAUUGAUUUUCUUUCUAAAAAGUAGUAUUGACUGGAAAAUUAAUUUCCUUAUGCAUAUUUUGGCCUUGCAUUAUGUAAUCUGAAAUUUUCUGCCUCAAAAUGAAGAAAGACCUACAAGGCAGGUUUGUCCCAGUCCAGCUGUUAUUGUGUCUGAGGCUUGUGUAUGAAAAGUUACUGCGGAGAGGACUUCUCUAUAAUAUAAACAUCAAAAAAGAUGGUGCUAAGUAGAACCUCCUUUUUAAUAGAAUAUUAAAUAUGGUGUGAUUUUUGCUUACUGAAAUUGAGACUUAGGUUUUCUACAGCUAAUGAAAUGAGGCCUUGGAUUUGGCAUAGGAGAAUUUGGGACAAUAAUUUCUUUGGUUUCACUCUACUUAUUCUUUCAAACGUUUACAAAACAUAAUUUUGAGUUUAGCAUUUAUGCAGCUCCUGAAUCUCUUACCAGUCCUAAGCAUAAGGGAUGUAAGUGUUGGAGAUUAAUGUUCUUUUCUGUUGCAAUGCAUUUUCACCUUAGAUGUAAUCACAUAAUUGCUAUACUUUAUUUUUAUUGGAUUUUUCUGUGGCUCUUAGAUUUCACCCAAGAUAUCACAAAUGACAUCUGCCCCAUAAUUUCAACUCUGGGGUUAAAGUUGUACUUAUAACAAAAUGUAUAUCUAUAAACAUGAAGAAUCUAUACAGUUCCUUGAUGUUCAUCUUCUGAUCCAUUUACUUGGUAUCAAGAUUCGUCACUGGACAUGCGUGAGAUCCCACUGCAUUAAGCAAAAGGGUUCCAUUUUUCAGAAUUAUUUUAAGCUAAAUAAAAUCUUAAAAUCUCUUAAAGGGGUGGUGAGGAGAUAGCUAAUAUGUCUUGAAGCUGCAUUUAUAUCCAAUCUGACUAGGCUUUCCAAUGGCUUUAUGAGUGAGUUUGUUCAGCUGGCUCUUAUACUCAGCUUUUACAGGUAGGUAGCACCCUAAAUUUUAGGAAGAGAACUUUAGCAAAUGCUUUCAUUCUUGUUUUUUCCCCAGUCUGAGAAAGGUGUAAAGUUGAGGGUGUGGGGGAAGGUGGGAUGGGAUUAUUCAAAUAUUAAAGUUUCUGUCUUGUAACUAGCAGGAGAAAGUUGAUAGUAGUUGGUUUCACCUGUUAUAUCCAGAUAAAACAUGGCAGGAAAAUCUCUUCUGUCCUAAGGGUCAGAAUCUAUGGGGUUUUUCUUUUUCUUUUUUUUUCUUUUCUUUCUUUUUUUCUUUCAGUUUUGGGAAACAGGUUGUUAAAACAACUGAGUUAUUUAUAGCAAUGUGGGUUUGACUUAUAAAAAUGGGAUUUAAAUACAUGCUUAAUAAGAGCAGGCUGAGAAUAAUAACCACUUGUGUGUCUGUGCACAUCAUACAGGUAGGUUGUUGGUACAGACCUUGUACAAUAAAGGCUUGCUAGUUAAAACCUUCUUUCUCAGUUUGGUUUCCAUAAUCAUAAUUAAGAUAUAUAUUUGGCAGUUACCUUCAUUGAAAAUAUUAGAAAUGAACAUUCAUUUACUGAACACUGCCUGAUUUGUAUUUCCUUUCUUAAUAAAAACAUCAUGGAGCUGCUGUUCAUGCUGAAAUGAAUCUACAGGCCUAGAGGAGGGGGGCAGAAUAAAUUCUUCCCCAUUGUCUUUAAAGAGAUUUGGUCUUCAUCUUUGCCAAUAGAAAAUUGUAUUAGGGCCUCACAGUGUUGUACUGUAGCUUGAACAUAUAAUUACAGCUUGAUGUGUGUUGUGCUCAGACUGAGCAUUAACAAAUAAUCGAACUCUGACAUGUACAGCUUGUUUCCACUUAUCAGUUUAAAAAUGGCCAAUUGGUAAUAGUCAUUAUUUGCUCAGUAAAUAUACCAAUAUCCAGCCUAUAUUCCCUUUUACAAAAGUCAUUGUGUAGGCUUUGUUUAGUUAAAAGAUACAGAUUCUUAAAACCCUGCAAGCUUCUUAGGUUGAAUCAUUGGGGACUGUUCCCCCCCCCC